AUGCCUUCCACACCAGACCCCUUCGACGAUGUUCUCAAUCUCGAAGACAACUUUUACCAACGAGGCUACAACCAGGGCCUUGCCGACGGCGAAAGAGCAGGCCGCAUGGAAGGCCGCUCCUUCGGCAUGCAGCAGGGUUUCGACAAGUUUCUCGAGAGUGGGCGCCUAGCCAGCCGAGCCAUCGUAUGGGCCAACAGAAUACCGACCCAGGCGAAACAGAGCCAAGCAGAAGGGGGUGGGUGCUCGGAUACACAGGAGAGGAAAGCAUGUGCAUUGCCCUCGCUGCCAAACAAUGCCAGGCUAGAGAAGAAUGUGAGAAUGGUGUACUCCCUGGUGGAGCCGGAUACAUUAUCGACAGAAAACACAGAUGAGGCGGUCCAGGAUUUCGACGAUCGGGUCAAGAGGGCGCAGGGAAAGGCCAAGGUCGUGGAAAGGAUGGCUUCAUGA